AUGGCUAGUUUUGAAGACAGGGUGGCUGCUUUGAAAAGUAGUACUGGCUCAAAAAACUCUCGCUCGCCCCUCGACGAUCCGUUUUAUGCAGAGUCGUUGAUCAUUCAAUCAAAGUCCAUAGUUGGACGAAUGUACAGUUCUAAUGAAUACGUCAGAUUUAAAUACGAAUGCGAACUCAAUCAACUCGUCAAAGAAUAUCGAGUAUGGCUCGCAGAAAUCAAACGCGAGGAGAGAGAAAUCGGAGCAAAAUUAGACGCGAUGCGGCAAGAACAACGCGACAUCUCGAAAGAACGACGCGAUUUACAAACGAUUCAUCUUGUCGCGAAAACCAAUCGUGAAUUUAUAAACCACUACAAAAGACGUGCAAUAAGCAAGAGGCAUGAUCGUUCCGUUCUUUCGAUACCACAAACUUCUACCUUUGCAGGUCACGAAAAGAAGCGUUUGUUUCCCCGGAAAGCCGAAAGCGCUGAUGAUUUGGGUAAAGAAAACAAAUUGAAAAAAGUCGUGCGGCUUCCCAAAAUCGUUUCAAAACUCGAUGGGGUUGCCCGGGUAACGAAAAAGCGUCGGACAAGUUUGCCUGCAAUUUCUUCUCAGAAUACGAAAACAGGAGACAAAUUAACAAAACGCGAAGCUUACGGAACAUCUAAGGAAAAUAUAACAAGUCAAUCAAAUGACUCGAUAAAACACAGCGGAAUUGAAAACACAUUAAGUUUAGUAAAAACCUCCGUUAAUGUGAAGUCUGAUAUUGCUAGGAAUGUGAUUAAAAGUGACAAUAGCAAGAAGCCUGAACAAAUGAAAGUGGUGGAAAGCAAACUCGACGAAGGCGAAUCAAGAGCUCUGCCGUUAAGCGAGGUCAGAAAACCGCGUAUCCUCUCCGCGCCAAAAUCUCGUAGCCAACACCACCAAGUCAGUUUUGUUACGGCCGCGACCAGACCUACAUCGGCUUGUGGAACUACUUCGUAG